AGGAUACUUUCUGUGAUGUGAGGACAAAGUUUGCAAUCAGCAUGAGCUCUCGAUUCUGCGGCACCUGCAUUCUCUUGCUCACUGCAGGAAGGAUCGGUCAGACCUUUGGAGAUGCCCAAAGGUCGUCGUUGCAGUCUGGUCUGAGAAUCAUGAAGCAGGGCUUCAGAAGGCACUAUCACAGUGAUCGAAUCAAUGGAUCAAAAGCUUGUGAUCCCGGCGAUAGAACACAGGAUAGAAAGGUUGAAGCAGGAAGGAGAGUACAGCUACACCGCUCUCUGUCUAAACUUGGGCUCUGCUCACGUGGUGUUGCAUGGAAAUUAAUUAAGGAGAGGAGGGUGCUCGUGAACGGGAAGAUCAUGAGUGAUCCUCUCACCUGGAUUGACAUGCAAUCCGAUCAAGUCACAGUGGACAACGUCGUGUCUGAGAGAAGAAAGGAGACGCGUGUGUGGAUGAUGAACAAGCCGAGGGGCCUGAUUGUAGCGCGUGUGGAUGAGAGGGGAAGGCCAACGGUCUACUCUUUGUUUCAGAACCAAAAUUUCGUUGAACAUGCUUCGACCACCAUGACUGGAGAUGACAAAGAUGGCACAUCUAAUGAACCAUGGCGAUUUCCUGUGGGCAGGUUGGACGCUGACUCCGAAGGGCUGCUCUUGUUCACGAAUGAUGGGCAACUGAGUCAAAAGCUUCUAGAUCCUACGAGCGGAGUUGAGAAAACCUACAUCGUGCAAUUGAAAGGUGUCCCCUCGGAUGAUUGCCUUGUAAAGCUCUCAGAAGGAAUCGAUCUUGAUGGAAAGAAAACUCUUCCUGCCCGUUUUCAGCUCGUUGAAAUAUUUGACGGUGGAAAAGAUGGGAAAACGAAACGAAGUCGGAUUCAAGUACAAAUCCAUGAGGGAAGAUUCCGUCAGAUCAGGCGAAUGUUCCAAAUUGUGGGAUUCAGAGUUAAGAAAUUGCAACGUGUUUGUAUUGGUUGCUUAACACUGGGGGAGCUUCCGGUGGGCAAGAUCCGUGAACUUGCCAAAGACGAGAUCGAAAGAUUGAUGACUGCUUGUAAAAUAAGAGAUAGUGGAGGUAUGCGGUGAAGGAAAGAGAUGAAAGUGUGCCCUUGAGAUGAAAUAUAAACAUUUUAUUUACAACACU